GUCCGACUGCCAGUAGACAAACAGAGAAAGAUAGGAGGAGACAACUUGGCGGAGUGAGCUGUUUCUGCAUGAUGAUGAUGAUGAUGAUGAUGAAUUAGAUCUACAAUAUCUUCCUAAAGCUGCUAACUACAGGAGUCGUGAAGGAAAAAAACAUGGUGCAUGCUUCUUCACAGAUCAACUAAUGCCGAUCAACCAUGAACAAAGGAAAAGAAAGGAAAACUAUGACCAAAAAGAAGCCUUCAUCACAUGGAUAUGGGUCCAAUUCAUUCGUUAGAGCUUCUUUUUCUCCCAGGUUUUGCCAGAGCAGUACACUGGCUUCAAUUUGGUGUUUGAUCAGUUCUCACAAUUUUUGCCCCAACCAUUUCCUUUCCAAAUUGCUAGACAAAGCCAAACUCCCCCCCCCCCCUGUUUUGGACUCUGUGCUUAUAAGUGGAACAGCAGUUCACAGAUCAAAGGAAAGGGGUGCACUGGAAACUGCAAUCCAUCAAGCUCAGAACCUGAGGCCAUGGAGUGAUUGAUGCGGCAACUCCAGUUCGAUACAGUUGUACCCAAGGCUGGUUGUGGAUGCAAAACCAGUAGAGGAUUGUAUGAUUGGGGUGGUCAAAGGACCUCAUCAUUCUCAUUGGUGAUGCAAAGGCCUUUUAGACCUCUCUGCUUUUUCUUCUUUGUUGAGGAAGAAAUAUGACUCACGAGUUCUACAAAGAUUAAGGCAACAUUAAAUGUUAAUGAAUACUAAUGUUAUUGAUUGCAUUUACAUAUAUACUCUUCAUUUCUCCAGCAUAUUUUGUUUCUUGGUUUCUUCUUCUUCCUCCUCCUGUCCCUCUCUCUCUCUCUCUUUGCCUCUCUUGUCCUGUUUCUGCCAACCUCUUAUAAAUAGAUGCAGGAGGUUCGUUAACCCUCCCUACUUCCACCACCUUUUCUCCUUCACUCUCUUAGGCUCAGAAGGAAACUAGUAAGACACUGUUCUCCUAUAUGGUCAUAUAAUUCACAGGGUAAAGAGGGACAGGGUUGAAGACAUCCACACAGAGAGAGAGAGAGAGAGAGAGAGUGGGGUGUGUGUGUGUGUGUUGGUUUCGAGGAGCAGAAAAGAAGAACAGGAGAGAGGGAGAGGGAGGAUGGGGAGACGGGAAUAUGGAGGAGGGGGGAACGCGAUGGCGGCGGCGGCGGCAGCAACAGGGUUGCCCGGGUGGCUGGGCCGGCUGGUGGAGGAGAGCUUCUUCGUGGGGUGCGGGACCCAUGAGAGCCGGAAGAAGAACGAGAAGAACAUCUUCUGCCUCGACUGCUGCACCAGCAUCUGCACCCACUGCGCGCCAGCCCACUCUUCCCACCCCCUCCUCCAGGUGAGGAGGUACGUGUACAACGAUGUGGUUCGAUUGGAUGAUCUUGAGAAGCUUAUAGACUGCUCCUAUGUUCAGCCAUACACCAUUAACAGUGCCAAGGUGGUCUUCCUGAAGCCAAGACCUCAAUCGAGGCCCUUCAAGGGCUCUGGGAACAUCUGCCUGACCUGUGACAGGAUCCUUCAGGAGCCCUUCCACUUCUGCUCCCUCUCCUGCAAGGUGGAUCAUGUUCUGCUACAAGGUGAGGACCUGUCGAGCAUACUGUUCAGGUUCAACGAGUCAGACUUCGCCUUCUCCACCUUCGAGAAUCUGCGGAUGGACAGCUCCGAUCUGAUCGACGACGACGGCCAGGUGACCACCCCGAGCUCGAUCCUGGAAGACCCGGUGCAGUACGACGGCUGCUCGGCCUCGAGCAACUCGGGCAAGCAGGGGGGCGGCUCCGAGGCGCCCAAGAAGAAGAAGAAGGGCGGCGGCUUCUUCCCUCAGAUCGUCCUCUCCCUGAGCAACAGGAGGAAGGGAGCUCCCCACCGAUCUCCCCUCUCCUAAUGUUCGCCGUCGCAACAAACCUCUUUCCUAAUCCGUGCUGCUUAUAGUUCUGGUGUCCGUAGCUGCUCCGCGGAGGGAGCUCCUGAGCAUUUCCAUUGCUGAGUAGGUGAGCGGAGUGUGGAUGAGGUUUCAGGCCUCACUGUGUUCGCCAAUUUUGUUUGAUGUGGUGGGAAUGCAUACUUCUAUAUCUGCUACCUUCAUAUAUAUUAUAUAUAUGUCGAGCCUGUGCUUUGUCUCUA